AUGUCAAACCUACUGAACAAAGUCCAAGAAAAACUUCCAGGUCACCACAAGAAGGAAGAGGAAGAGGAAAACAACCCAUCUUCUCAAAACAGAGGUAACCAACAAAGAAACCAAGGUUUCAACACUGCUGACGAUUCUCAAGUUCCAAGUGGUAUGAGAGGUAAUGACUUUACCACCUCUCAACAAGAAGAAGGUUACGGAAACACAGGUAGAAAGAAUAAUAUGUCACAACAAGAUUGGAACACCAACCAAGAAGCUCAGUUUGGUUCCAACCAAUUAGAGAGUGGUACUUAUGGUACCAGUGGUGGUCAAAGAACAUCUGGAAUGGGAAUGGGCUCUAACACGAUGAACGAUGAAGAAGAUGAUGAUCAAUAUGGUGGUGACCGUCAACAAAGAACUACAAGAAGUUCCGGUAGACGUCAACAAAACAUGGGAAAUAUGGACAAUGAAGGCGAUUGGUAA